ACUGACUUGAAACCAUAUGAAUACAAUAUUAAACCGGUUUAUUCAUAUACACAAGGUGUCAUUUCAGUAGCUGUCAAAACAAAAUAUUGUCUUAAGCACUAUGGGUGUUGACAAUCGAGGGGUGUUAGUGUUGUUUGGAAGCCAGACAGGGACGGCUCAGGAUGUUGCUGAAAAAAUUGGAAGGGAGGCAAAAAGACGACAUUUUCUACCAAGGGUUAUGGCCCUUGAUAAUUACAAUGUGGCAGAUUUGAUACAAGAGAACUUGACCGUGUUUGUGUGUUCAACAACGGGCCAGGGCGACCCUCCUGAUAACAUGAUGAAAUUCUGGAAGUUCAUAAUGCGAAAAAAUCUGCCAAAGGACUCACUGUGCCAGUUAAGCCAUGCUGUUCUUGGCCUAGGGGAUUCUUCUUACCCAAAGUUCAACUUUGUUGGUAAGAAGCUACACAGGAGACUGGAACAACUAGGCAGCUCAGGGCUGGUGAAUAUUGGUCUGGCUGAUGAUCAGCAUGACUUGGGUGCUGAUGCAGUGGUAUAUCCAUGGAUGGAGGGCUUGUUUACUCGGCUAUUGUCCCUCUACCCACUCCCUCCUGGCCUUGACAUUGUGCCUGCAGAUGUAAGACCACCAGCAAGGUUUCGUGUUCAGUUUUUAACAGAGAAUGGAGAAAACCAAGCCUCUGAAAACAGUGAGCAUGAUCAGAGCCAUCCAGAUGUUCCUGGCUGGUUCCCGGGACAGCCAUUUCCUGCAAGGCUUUUGGCCAAUGAAAGAGUUACUGCUGGAGACCAUUUUCAGGAUACAAGAUUGAUCCGGUUGAAUAUAUCAGGUUCAGAUAUAAGCUACGAACCUGGAGAUGUGGCCUGUGUGUGUCCACAAAACACGGCCGACACCGUCAACGACUUUAUUUCCUAUAUGAACCUCGAUGCAAACAAGAAAUUCAUUCUUUCCUCCGUUGAUGAAGGUACAUCGGCUCCUAAGCUACCUCAGCCCUGCACAGUUCAUUACCUCGUACAGAAUUACCUCGAUAUAAACUGUGUUCCACGAAGGUCUUUCUUUGAAAUGAUGCUUUAUUUUGCGGAUGAUGAACUAGAAAAGGACAAACUGCAGGAGUUCUGUUCGGCAGAAGGACAAGAAGAGCUGUUUUCCUACUGUAACCGAGUAAGACGGACACUACUUGAGGUGCUUCAUGACUUCCCCAAAACGAGCCCUAACAUUCCGUUCCAGUACUUGUUUGAUAUGAUCCCUGUUCUCCAGCCAAGGUCUUUCUCCAUAGCUUCAUCUAUAAAGGCACACCCAGGUGAAAUCCACCUUCUGGUUGCUGUGGUGAAGUACAAGACUCGAAUCCAGGCCCCACGCCAGGGUGUGUGUUCCACUUGGCUCGCCUCACUAGACCCCUCGUGUGGCCCCACUGUGCCCCUGUGGGUGAAAAAAGGAACCAUCAAGUUCCCCUGUGAUGCCCAGAUGCCGGUUGUCAUGGUGGGGCCAGGCACAGGUGUAGCACCAUUUAGAAGUUUUAUAGAAGAAAGGGUGGCCGAUAAAAUAAAAGAAAAUACCCUAUUCUUUGGAUGCAGAUACAAAGCCAAAGAUUUCUACUUCGAAAACCAGUGGAACAACUAUGUGCAUGAAAAUCAGAUGACGCUGUAUACUGCUUUUUCUCGUGACAAUGAGGAUGCUGACCGGUAUUAUGUCCAGCACGCCAUCAAGGAUGCAGGGAAGGAUAUUUGUGACCCCCUGCUAGCAGGGGCCUUCUUCUUUGUGGCAGGGAACUCCAAGAACAUGCCUGAAGCUGUGAGGGAGGCUGUCAAGGAUGUUCUAAUCACCCAUGGACACAUGGACAGAGAACAAGCUGACACUUAUAUACAAACUAUGGACAGACAAAAACGAUACCAGGCUGAAACAUGGUCCUGAGUUUAAACCCUGGAUAGUUUGAAUUAAAUAGUCAACUGUGAUAUAGGAGACUUUUUGUGUCGCCUGAAAAGACGACAUAUAGGGGUUACUUUUGUCGGCGGUGGCGGCGUCGGCGGCGUCCGCUUCCCAUUUUCGCUUGUCCGGGGUAUAUCUCCUAAACUAUUAGUGGUAUCAACUUGAAACUUCAUAUGUAGAUAGAUCUAAUUGAGGGCAAGUGCAGUGCACAAGAACUGUUACUCUUGCUUCCAUAUUUUUAGAGUUAUUGCCAUUUGUUAUUUUUCAUGCUUAAAGUUUUGUCCGGGGCAUAUCUUGAAGAAUAUAAGAGGUAUCAACUUGAAACUUCAUAUGUAGAUAGAUCUCAUGGAGGGCAAGUGCAGUGCACAAUAACAGUAACUCUUGCCUUCUUAGUUUUAAGAUAAAUGCCCUUUGUUAAUUUUCAUGCUUAAAGUUUUGUCCGGGGCAUAUCUUGAAGAAUAUAAGAGGUAUCAACUUGAAACUUCAUAGCUAGAUAGAUCUCAUUGAGGGCAAGUGCAGUGCACAAUAACAGUAACUCUUGAUUUCUUAGUUUUAAAGUUAUUGCCCUUUGUUAAUUUUCAUGCUUAAAGUUUUGUCCGGGGCAUAUCUUGAAGAAUAUAAGAGGUAUCAACUUGAAACUUCAUAGCUAGAUAUAUCUCAUUGAGGGCAAGUGCAGUGCACAAGAACAGUUACUCUUGCUGCCAUAUUUUUAGAGUUAUUUCCCUUUGUUAAUUUUCUUGCUUAGGUUUUGUCCGUGGCAUAUCUCGUAAACUAAACUCUUAAGAGAUAAAAGUUUACACAACACAUAUAUUUUGUGUCCACUACACAAUUCAUCAAGCACCAGAGGAUUUCUAAAAGUCUUCGCAGAUACAUCUGAUGUUCAUAAUUUUGUAUGACUGGCAGAGGACUGGUUCCAGCAAAUGUUACAUUCAGGUCAAGGUAUCGCAUGCUUCAGAGGUCAGAUUCCAUUUCCAUGCCUGUUCCUACAAACUGCUGGAAGAAUUUUGAAAUAAUUUGAUAUAUAUUUCACUCAAAUGAAAGACUUUCAAAACAAAUCAGGGGCGGACCCAGGUAACGGAGGAGGGAGCGUAACUCCCACAGAACCGAUAUUAUUUUGGUUUAAAAUGUUGGCAGCGAGGUUGGGUUGUCUCCCUUAAGAAAUAUUAACAAUUUUUUGUCCGCAAUGGUGUAUUUGGGCAUACAUGUAUUUUAUUACCAUUUUACUCUUAUAUUAAAAUAAAAGUAAACUUAGACAAUUUAACGAGGGGGGUGGGGGCGGGGUCCUGUUGUGCAUCCCCCCCUCUGCUUGUGCAGAUGUGAUCAAUUGCGGGGGCCCACUUAGGGCCAAAGAACGAAAGGACACGAUUUCACGUUUCCUCCAUGAACUCUUAAAACUGGGUGCACCUGUUUGGAAAUGACAUGGCACACACUGUUCUCUAUAUGCAGUGAACAUAUAUGUCCAAGGUCAAUCAGUCGUACUCGAAUUGAUAACAGUUUUAUCAUUUUACUUUCAAAGCAGUAGGUGCUCCAAGCUGGCGACAUAUUUAUAUUCAGUUAAUUGAAGUUAUUUUCUUGCUUUCAAAUACAUGUUAUUAUUUCGAAAUAAAUUGUUGAUACAAUAACUUUUACAUGUAGUCAAGACAAAGGGCUAUGCAAGAACUCUUCUUUUUUAAUUUUAGUGCAUUAUUUUGUUUAACUCAUUUGAAUUAAAAAAGCACUUGA